CGGCCGGCGUCUUAUCGAUGUCGGGUUAUCAUCUUGAUGUUCUUGAUAGUCAGAAUGUUGGUGACACACAGAAAUCAAGUGAGUGAAUUCUUUGAAAGAGUUUGUUUGAUGCUGAUCACAUAUAAGACGGCACUAUUGAGGCCGCGAUGUUGCCAGCAGAAGAGCCAGUGCCUGAGUCACUGCACCGAAGUCAACCAGCAACAGUUACCGGCUCGCAGCUGUGUUCCAUAGAAUGCGGUCCUUGGCUCUUAUCCUGGCUUCUUUCCACCUCGCCAGCGCCAACUUCGUCAACCAGGGUCAAGUGUUGAGUUUCAAUGGCAUCUCUUACUAUGCCGGCGGGAUUGCUGUAGGCCAACUUUACACUACGAACGGCUCGAGUUUCUCGCUCGCCGCUGCUCAGAUUCCCGGCCAAGACCUGUUCCCGCUCACCGUCAUCGAGACUCGGAGUAGCAUCCCCUCGGGAGAUGAGCUUCUGAACAUCAUAACCACGUACAAUAGCACGGAUGACGUCUUUCAAUCUGCGUUUCUACAUGCGAUCUAUUUCCGCCCAAGCCCAUCUAAUGCCACUGCUGGGUUCAACGGUACUACCUCUCUCGAUUCUCAACUAUCACGACAGGGCACCUCCUUGGUUCUAUCAUCCAAGAAGAUACGUGGCCUUACAAGCAGCAUCGCAACUGGUGUUACUGUCUUAAGCCUUCCUCGGGGACCCUACUUCGUCUCGGCUCACACCGGAAAUAUCUACAAAGCCUACCGGCUGUACGACGACGAUCACCUCGCGUUUGUACAAGGUGUAAUCAGCGAUAAAGAGGGUGCUUUUACUACCCUCCCUGCCGUUACUGAGAAUGUCAUGGCAAAGAGCAUCGCGGUUCCCUCACGGCUGUAUUACACUGAGACUAAGGACCAACCCCUCGCCGGCCUCCGCUUCGGAGUCAAGGACAUUUUCCACGUCAAGGGGGUAGGCACAAGUGGAGGAAAUCGGGCUUACUUCUACCUAUACGGACGACAGAACAACACUGCGCCGGCGGUACAACGACUCAUCGACCUUGGCGCCGUUCUCGUCGGCAAAAUGGGAACUGUCCAGUUUGCCAACGGUGAUCGUCCCACCGCCGACUGGGUUGAUCUCCACGCACCUUUCAACCCCAGAGGUGACGGAUAUCAGGACCCAAGCGGCUCGUCCACCGGGCCGGGGGCCGGAGUAAGUGCGUACGACUGGCUUGAUCUUGCUGUCGGCAGCGACACUGGUGGUUCCAUGCGUGGCCCGGCAGGAUCCCAAGGCCUCUUCGGAAACCGACCAUCCACGGGCGCUAUUUCCCUCGAGCAUGUCAUCCCUUUGAGUCCUGUCUCAGAUACCGCCGGAAUGUUCGCUCGCAGUGGCAGCCUCUGGGCCAAGGUCACGCAGGCUUGGUACCCUGAUUUUGCUUCCAACUACACUUCCUACCCCGCGGCUCUCUACCGAUCAACGGCUAGGGGAGGCGCUUGGUCUGGGGGAAACGUCAGCGAGGAAGCCACCAAUGUCAUCACGAGCUUCGUAGGAAAGCUGGAAAGCUUUUUGCAAGCCAACUCAACUCCGGCAAACUACACGAAGCUCUGGAGCGAAACUCAUGGAGAAGCACCUGCAGAUGUCAACGAGAUGCUUUACCUCACCUACGGCGUCUACGUCUCCCAUGAUCAGUGGCAAGAACUCGGCAAGCCAUUCUUCGAGGACUACGCAGCCAAGUUUGAAGGGCGUCAGCCAUACAUCAACCCAGGACCCCUCGCCAGAUGGCAAUGGGGCCAGGUCCAUUCGACAGAAGAAGUCUACGCACAAGGUCUUCACAACAUUUCCCUCUUCAGAUCUUGGUACGAGACUGAGGGUUAUGGACGACAUGACCCCGAGUCAUGCUCUGAGGGACUCUACAUCUACCCCUGGUCUGUGGGCCAGCCAUCCUAUCGCGAUGUAUACAUCCAGGCCCGAACUACACCGCCGCUGGGCUUUGACGACUCUUCCGUCCCGGUCAUGGCCGGUGCGCCGGAAGUAGUGGUUCCUAUCGGAGAGGUCCCUUACAACAGCACCAAAUCGUUGCAUACGGAAUAUCUUCCAGUAACAAUGGCUCUGAGAAUGGCAAGGGGAUGCGAUUAUCAUCUCGCCAAUCUGGUUAGUGAUCUUGAAAAAGAGGGUAUUCUUCGCCCAGUAGCUACAGGUCGCCGGCUGUACCCUUGAAUGUCGGUCUCGUGCUAGUCUUCCACCAACCGGCCUGCGUCGGGAUCGGGCCGGCGGGAUCUGCGUGUUGCUGUAGAGCGACCUGGGUCGUUUGACCCCGCAAAGUACAUAGUUGUGACGUCGAUAUACGCCCUUCGACGUUCAAGACCCCUCAUGGG